AUGGAAACGGAGUCGCCAGGGAUGGAGCCGGAGGCCGGGAGCGCCGGGGUUCCUGGCAGGGAUGCUUUGGAAGAAGCGGCUUUGGCUGAGCAGGAGAGCAAGGGACAAACAGCCAGGAGAAAACCGUUCUCAGAAGAUGCGGAGCCUGCAGAAAUCGGUAGACCCUGUUUUAACCCAGGCAAUCCGGUAUUUUCCUGCAUGUUGGCCCCAAAGGAUCUCCGCACCUCCACUUCACUGUCAAAACCCCAAAUGAUUAUGUAUAAAACAACCUCGAGUGAUUACGGUGGAUUAGCCCCAGUAGCCGAAUGUAUUCCCCGCAAAUACUUUCCGAAGGAUCAGAAUUUUUCAAAGGUUCUUAGAGCUGCAGGAAUGUUCCAGGAUAACUCCCUAAAUACCAAAAUCGAUCAAGAGAAAGUCUGUGACGCCUCAAAUUUACAACACACUUUAUGAAACCAAAUGUCUUUGGAUGGGGACUUUUGAAAUCAUCUUCAGCAGGGGAAGCUGGCAUUUUUAGCUGUGCCCAGAACUCCCAUUAUAAAAUAUUCGGACCACGCUGGAGACAGACGGAAAAAAAAAUAAAUAAACUUCUGAAGAACCGGGUUUCUAGAAGAGCCAGAUGGGAAGGACAGAUCUUAGAGAGAAUGGAGUUUUUCCAAAUGUUUGAAAUUGACAGUGCCCUCAAAUUAAAAUCUGUCAAGAACAA